CCACCUACCUCCCCGCCGCUCCUGAGGGGGCUCGCCCAGAGCUGAGGACGCGCCGCGCUGCUCAAGGUCUCUCUCUCCGCACCUCGCCGGCCGGCUUCCGACGCGGGUGCCAGGGGACUCCGGGCACCUUUCAGUGUCCCUUCCCUCAGCCAGCCGGGACUCCGCAACCCAGCCGCUGCCGCCGCGGCCACCGCCGGAGAGGGGACCUGCGGACAGGACGCCGACAGGAGCAGGGGUGCGCGGCGCCCGCGCAGAGCGUCUCUCCGCUGCGCCGCGAGACCGGCCUCCCCGGCCCAGGAGCCCCCGCUGCCUCGCCAGGUGGACGGGAUUGAAGUUCUUGGAGAAGGUAGUGCAACUCUUCAAGGUGAACUAUGACCACUUUACUCCUGGUGUUUGUGACUCUGAGGGUCAUCACCGCAGCCGUCCCAGUAGAAGCUUCAGACCCUGACAACUCGCUGAGUGUCAGCAUCCCCGAACCGUCCCCACUGCGGGUCCUCCUGGGGACCUCCCUCACCAUCCCCUGCUAUUUCAUCGACCCCAUGCACCCUGUGACCACCGCCCCUUCCACCGCCCCCCUCACCCCGAGAAUCAAGUGGAGCCGCAUUUCCAAGGAGAAGGAAGUGGUACUGCUGGUGGCCACGGAAGGACAAGUGAGGGUCAACCGUGCCUACCAGGACAAAGUGUCACUGCCCAACUACCCAGCCAUCCCCAGCGAUGCCACCCUGGAGAUCCAGAACCUGCGCUCCAAUGACUCUGGGAUCUACCGCUGUGAGGUGAUGCACGGCAUCGAGGACAGUGAGGCCGCCCUGGAGGUCGUGGUGAAAGGCAUUGUGUUCCAUUACAGAGCCAUCUCCACACGCUACACCCUGGACUUCGACAGGGCGCAGCGAGCCUGCCUGCAAAACAGCGCCAUCAUCGCCACUCCGGAGCAGCUGCAGGCCGCCUACGAGGAUGGCUUCCACCAGUGUGAUGCCGGCUGGCUGGCCGACCAGACUGUCAGGUACCCCAUCCACACUCCCCGAGAAGGCUGCUAUGGGGACAUGGAUGAGUUUCCUGGUGUGAGAACCUAUGGCAUCCGUGACACCAAUGAGACUUACGACGUGUACUGCUUCGCGGAGGAGAUGGAGGGCGAGGUCUUUUAUGCAACAUCUCCAGAGAAGUUCACCUUCCAGGAGGCCGCCAACGAGUGCCGGCGGCUGGGUGCCCGGCUGGCCACCACGGGCCAGCUGUACCUGGCCUGGCAGGGCGGCAUGGACAUGUGCAGUGCCGGCUGGCUGGCCGACCGCAGCGUACGUUACCCCAUCUCCAAGGCCAGGCCCAACUGUGGGGGCAACCUCCUCGGUGUGAGGACCGUUUACCUGCACGCCAACCAGACCGGCUACCCCGACCCCUCAUCUCGCUACGACGCUAUCUGCUACACAGGUGAAGACUUUGUGGACAUCCCAGAAAACUUCUUUGGGGGGGGCACGGAGGACAUCACCAUCCAGACAGUCACCUGGCCUGACGUGGAGCUGCCCUUGCCCCGAAACAUCACGGAGGGGGAAGCCCGAGGCACCGUGAUUCUCACUGUGAAACCCAUCUUCCAUGGCUCCCCCACUGCCCUGGAGCCCGAGGAGCCCUUCACACUGGCCCCUGACGUGGAGGCCACCACCAUCCCUGAGGCUGAGAACGGGACUGAAGAGGCCACGAGGCCCUGGGCCUUUCCCGAGGAGUCCACACCUGGCCUGGGCCCCGCCACUGCCUUCACCAGUGAGGACCUCGUCGUGCAGGUGACCAUAGCCCCAGGUGCUGCCGAGAUCCCUGGGCAGCCACGAUUGCCGGGGGGGGUUGUGUUCCACUACCGGCCGGGCUCUGCCCGCUAUGCGCUUACCUACGAGGAGGCACAGCAGGCCUGCCUGCGCACGGGGGCGGCCAUCGCCACGCCUGAGCAGCUCCAGGCCGCCUAUGAAGCCGGCUACGAGCAGUGUGAUGCCGGCUGGUUGCAGGAUCAGACCGUCAGAUACCCCAUUGUGAGCCCACGGACCCCCUGUGUGGGCGAUAAGGACAGCAGCCCUGGGGUCAGGACCUAUGGCGUGCGCCCACCGUCAGAAACCUAUGACGUCUACUGCUACGUGGACAAGCUCGAGGGGGAGGUGUUCUUCACCACACGCCCGGAGCAGUUCACCUUCCAGGAAGCCCUGGAGUUCUGUGAAUCCCACAAUGCCACGCUGGCCACCACGGGCCAGCUCUACGCCGCCUGGAGCCGUGGCCUGGACAAGUGCUAUGCUGGCUGGCUGGCUGACGGCAGCCUCCGCUACCCCAUAGUCACCGCUCGGCCUGCCUGUGGCGGGGACAAGCCAGGCGUGAGAACCGUCUACCUCUACCCCAACCAGACAGGCCUCCCGGACCCGCUGUCGCGGCACCACGCUUUCUGCUUCCGAGGUGUCUUGGCGGUGCCGUCUCCAGGAGAAGAGGAGAGUAGCACACCCACGCUACCCUCCAUCGUGGAGGACAGGAUCACUACUCAAGCGGCACCUGGCGUGGCUGCUGUCCCCUUGGGGGAGCAGACGACUGCAAUCCCAGCUUUCACCAUUGAGCCAGAAAACCGGACGGAAUGGGAAGCAGCCUCCACCCCAGCGGGCACUUACCCAAUGCCAGGGAUCCCUCCUACGUGGUCUCCCACUAGCACAGCAACAGAGGAGAGCACAGAAGGCCCUGCUGCAACAGAAGUGCCCUUGGCCUCAGAGGAGCCUUCUCCCUCAAAAGAGCCAUCCCCCUCGGAGGAGCCAUUCCCCUCGGAGAAGCCAUUUCCCUCGGAGGAGCCUGCCACACUUUCACCCCCAGUGCCCAGUGGGACAGAGCUGCCAGGCUCUGGGGAGACAUCCAGGGCACCUGAAGUCAGCGGUGACUUCACAGGCAGUGGAGAAGCUUCGGGAGGCCUGGACACCAGCGGGCAGCCCUCAGGGGGAACUGCAAGUGGACUGCCCUCAGAAGACCUUGACUCCAGCGGUCUCACCUCUACAGUGGGCUCAGGCCUGCCUGUGGGGAGUGGACUGGCCUCAGGGGGUAAAGAUGGAAUUACGUGGUCCAGCACUUCUGAAGUUGGUGGGCUGCCCUCGGGAGGUGAGGGCCUAGAGACCUCUGCUACUGGAGUAGAGGACCUCAGUGGACUGCCUUCUGGAGAAGGUCCAGAAACCUCCACCUCUGGAGUAGGCGAUCUCAGUGGACUUCCUUCUGGAAGGGAAGGUCUAGAGACCUCUGCUACUGGAGUAGAAGACCUCAGUGGACUGCCUUCUGGAGAAGGUCCAGAGGUCUCUGCCUCUGGAGUAGGCGAUCUCAGUGGACAUCCUUCUGGAAGGGAAGGUCUGGAGACCUCUGCUUCUGGAGUAGAGGACCUCACUGGAUUGCCUUCUGGAGGAGAAGGUCAUCUAGAGAUUUCUGCCUCUGGAGUAGGGGACCUGAGUGGACUUCCUUCUGGAGGAGAGGGUCAUCUUGAGACCUCUGCCUCUGGAGUAGGUGACCUGAGUGGACUUCCUUCUGGAAGGGAAAGUCUGGAGACCUCUACUUCUGGAGUUGGGGAUGACCUCAGUGGACUUUAUUCUGGAAGGGAGGGUCUAGAGACCUCUACCUCUGGAGCUGAGGACCUCAGUGGGUUGCAUUCUGGAAGAGAAGACUUGAUUGGGUCAGCUUCUGGAGCCUUGGACUUUGGCAGAACACCUUCUGGAACUCUAGGAAGUGGACAAGCUCCAGAAGCAAGCGGCCUUCCCUCUGGAUUUACUGGUGAGUAUUCUGGAAUAGACUUUGGAAGUGGCCCAUCCUCUGGCCUGCCUGACUUUAGUGGACUUCCAUCUGGGUUCCCAACUGUCUCCCUAGUGGAUACUACGUUGGUGGAAGUGGUCACAGCCACCACUGCAGGUGAACUGGAAGGGAGGGGAACCAUUGGCAUUAGUGGUGCUGGAGAAAUAUCUGGGGUGCCCUUCAGUGAGUUGGACAUUAGUGGAGGAGCUAGCGGACUCCCUUCAGGAGCUGAACUCAGUGGCCAGGCAUCUGCGUCUCCUGAAAUCAGUGGGACAACAUCCGGACUCUUUGGUGUCAGCGGACAGCCAUCAGGGUUUCCUGACAUCAGUGGGGGAACAUCUGGGCUUUUUGAGAUCAGUGGGCAGCCAACAGGGUUUCCAGGGGAAAUAUCUGGAGUACCCGAGCUUAGUGGACUGUCCUCCGGACAACCAGACAUCAGUGGAGAAGCUUCUGGAGUUCUUUUUGGCAGUGGUCAACCAUUUGGCAUAACGGACCUGAGUGGAGAAAUGUCUGGGGUCCCUGACCUCAGUGGGCAGGCAUCAGGGUUGCCAGAGUUGAGUGGAACAACAUCUGGAAUCCCUGACCUGGUUUCCAGUACCAUGAGUGGCAGUGGUGAACCUUCUGGCAUUACAUUUGUGGACAUCAGUUUGGUUGAAGUGACUCCAACCACAUUUACAGAAGAAGGUUUAGGGUCUGUGGAACUCAGCGGCCUCCCUUCUGGGGAGACAGAUCUCUCGGGCACAUCCGGGAUAGCAGACGUCAGCGGACAGUCUUCUGGAGCAGUUGACUCCAGUGGGUUUACAUCCCAGCCUCCAGAAUUCAGUGGCCUACCAAGUGGAGUAGCGGAAGUCAGUGGAGAAGCCUCUGGAGUGGAGAUCGGAAGCAGCCUGCCCUCAGGAGCAUAUGAUGGCAGUGGACUUCCAUCGGGUUUCCCCACUGUCUCUCUGGUAGACAGAACUUUGGUGGAAUCUGUAACCCACGCUCCAACAGCCCAAGAAGCAGGAGAAGGGCCUUCGGGCAUUCUGGAACUCAGCGGUGCCCAUUCUGGAGCCCCAGACAUGUCUGGAGACCAUUCUGGAGUUUUGGACUUAAGUGGGCUGCAGCCCAGGCUGGUGGAGCCCAGUGGAGAGCCGUCAAGUACUCCGUAUUUUAGUGGGGACUUUUCUGGCACCAUCGAUGUCAGUGGAGAAUCCUCUGCAGCCACAAGCGCCAGUGGGGAGGCCUCGGGACUUCCAGAAGUUACUUUAAUCACUUCAGAGUUCGUAGAAGGUGUUACUGAACCAACUGUUUCCCAAGAACUCGGCCAGAGACCCCCUUUGACCCACACACCCCAGCUUUUUGAGUCCAGUGGAGAAGCCUCUGCAUCUGGGGACAUCAGUGGAGCUACAGCAGGGUGCUCCGGCUCUGGAGUAGAAGCGUCAUCAGUCCCAGAAGCCAGCAGCGAGACGUCUGCCUAUCCUGAGCCUGGGGUAGGGGCGUCUGCUGCCCCUGAGGCCAGCGGAGGAGCUUCCGGGUUCCCUGAUCUGAGUGAAACCACCUCUGCCUUCCACGAAGCUGAUGUGGAGGGAGCCUCAGGCCUGGGAGUGAGUGGCAGCACCUCGGCCUAUCAGGAAGGACUCACGGAGGGCUCGACCACCCUGGAAGUGAGUGGGGAGUCGACCAGCACCUAUGAUGUGGGUGUAGAAACGUCAGGCUGGCCUUCGGCCACUCCUGUGGCUUCUGGAGACAGGACUGAAAUCGGCGGAGACCUGUCUGGUCACACGUCGGGGCUGGAUGUUAUCAUCGGCACCAGUAGCCCAGAGUAUGAAUGGACCCAGCAGACCCAGCGCCCUGCAGAGGCGCAUCUAGAAAUUGAGUCCUCAAGUCCCUUGCACUCAGGAGAAGAGACCCAGACAGCUGAAACAGCCACCUCCCCAACAGACGCUUCCAUCCCAACUUCUCCGGGAGGAACAGAAGAAUCGGAGGCAACCACUGCAGCCCCCGCCAGGUCCUGUGCUGAGGAGCCCUGUGGCGCUGGGACCUGCCAGGAGACGGAGGGACACGUCAUAUGCCUGUGCCCCCCUGGCUACACUGGCGAGCAGUGCGACAUAGACAUUGACGAGUGCCUCUCAAGCCCUUGUCAGAAUGGAGCCACCUGCGUGGAUGCCAUCGAGUCUUUCACAUGCUUAUGCCUUCCCAGCUACCGAGGGGACCUGUGUGAGAUCGACCAGGAGCUGUGUGAGGAGGGCUGGACCAAGUUCCAGGGCCACUGUUACCGCCACUUCCCCGACCGCGAGAACUGGGUGGAUGCCGAGAGCCGGUGCCGGGAGCAGCAGUCACACUUGAGCAGCAUCGUCACACCCGAGGAGCAGGAGUUCGUCAACAGCAACGCUCAAGACUACCAGUGGAUCGGCCUGAAUGACAGGACCAUCGAAGGGGACUUCCGUUGGUCAGAUGGACACUCCUUGCAAUUUGAGAAUUGGCGCCCCAACCAGCCUGACAACUUCUUUGCCACCGGAGAAGACUGUGUGGUGAUGAUUUGGCACGAGAAAGGGGAGUGGAAUGACGUUCCCUGCAAUUACCACCUGCCCUUCACGUGUAAAAAGGGCACAGUGGCCUGCGGAGACCCCCCCGUGGUGGAACACGCCAGAACCUUCGGACACAAGAAGGAUCGGUAUGAGAUCAAUUCACUGGUGAGGUACCAGUGCACUGACGGCUUCGUCCAGCGCCACGUGCCCACCAUCCGGUGCCAGCCCAGCGGGCACUGGGAAGAGCCUCGGAUCACCUGCACAGACCCUGCCACCUACAAGCGCAGACUACAGAAGCGGAGCUCUCGGAGAAGCAGCCCCAGCACUGCCCACUGAGAGCAGCUCCGGGACGCACCCAGGAUGCUGAGCCCAGGAGCCGUGCCAGGCUGACUUCGUACACAGAUGGUGUCCUCCUCUUGUCGCUUUCUGUCAUAUAAGGAAUUCCAUUAAAGAAGGAAAGAAUUAAAUCCCACAUUGUGUGUGCACCCACCCACCCCCUCAAAUCGCCAAAAUUGCAUCUGAUUUUCCUCCCAACUGCCAAAGCAAAGCAAACUUAUUGUAACCCGUGGACUGAGUUUAGAGACAUUUCUUCAUUCUCCCGUUGUGCCUUUCCAGGGACCAGUGCAGGGACAGGGGGAGCAGGGAGGGAUUAAGUUAAAUAAAGAAGAUUAUUUUUUGUUUCCUGACUUUAUCCAA